AUGCUCGUCUCCGCGCUCGCUGCCCUGCUUGUCGUUCCCUUCCUCGCAAAGGCCGACCCAACACCCCUCGAGCCCAGCAGCUCCUCAGUCUUCAACGAAGGUGGAAACUGCACAAUCCUCUGGACUCCAGAUGCAACCGGUGUUUGGAAGACUAUGAAUAUUGAGCUCAUGACCGGAAGCAACUUGAACCAAAUACAUCUUAGGACCGUCGCGACGGUAGAUGGCACAGACAGCACCAACCAUAGCUUCUCAUAUCCUUGCUUGAGUGUCACUCCCAACGGUCCCAUCUACUUCUACAAGUUUUCGUCGCCAGACUCGCCCAAUAUUCUCUUCACCACCCGCUUCACGAUCGCUGACGCCCAGAGCAACACCGUUGCCCCGACACAAUCAGAAACCGCUGCCGGUGGUGGCCUCGUUCUCUGGGGUGUCGGAGCGCUCGAGGAUCCUUCCCAGGGUGAUCAACCUCCCGUUGUUGGUACUUCGGGCGCCAGCUCGGCGACCAGCGCUCCCGCUUCCUCGAACACAUCUCGCUCGUCGACCAGGACAGGCACUUCGACCGCUACCUCGACCUCGGCCACCUCGUCGCCAAAUGGAGCCGGCCAGGUUCUUCCUAUGGGUACCGUCGCGCUUGGCGCGUUUGGCGCUUUGAUGGGCAGUCUCUUCCUCUAA